GGCAGCUGAGCAGAGGAGAGCAAAAGGAGGGAGCAGUGAAGGAAGUGCAGCCCAGCACAGCCUGAGGGGAGCAGGGUGGGGGGAAGGGGACAGCACUGGCCUGUCUCUUAGGGAGAAGCAAAGGGACAUGGGGGAGAGACCAGAGGUGCCUGCAGCCAGGAGACAGGCAGACUGCGGGGGAGUGAGAGCAGGGCCCUGGGAUGCCUGGCAUUCCCCAGGCCCCCCCCACCAUCACCCCCUCCCUGCUGACACUGUCUCUAUCUUCCAGGUCAGUGAAUAAUUUCCUGAUGACGGGCCCCAAGGCCUAUCUCAUCUACUCCAGCAGCGUGGCAGCUGGGGCGCAGAGCGGCAUCGAGGAGUGCAAGUUCCAGUUCGCCUGGGACCGCUGGAACUGCCCGGAGAGGGCACUGCAGCUCUCCAGCCACGGUGGGCUGCGCAGUGCAAACCGAGAAACAGCCUUUGUCCACGCCAUCAGCUCUGCGGGUGUCAUGUACACGCUGACCCGGAACUGCAGCCUGGGGGACUUUGACAACUGUGGCUGUGACGACUCCCGCAAUGGACAGCUGGGGGGACAAGGCUGGCUGUGGGGAGGCUGCAGUGAUAACGUGGGCUUUGGGGAAGCUAUUUCCAAGCAGUUUGUGGAUGCCCUGGAGACUGGACAAGAUGCCAGAGCUGCUAUGAACCUGCAUAACAACGAGGCAGGUAGAAAGGCAGUGAAAGGGACCAUGAAGCGGACUUGCAAAUGCCACGGCGUGUCAGGAAGCUGCACCACCCAGACCUGCUGGCUGCAGUUGCCCGAGUUCCGGGAGGUGGGCACUUACCUCAAGGAGAGGUACCACAAAGCCCUGAAGGUGGACUUGCUGCAGGGAGCAGGGAACAGCGCUGCCAGCCGGGGUGCCAUUGCCGAGACCUUCAGUUCCAUCUCCAAGAAGGAACUGGUCCAUUUGGAAGACUCUCCUGACUACUGCCUGGAGAACAAGACACUGGGGCUGCUGGGCACGGAGGGCAGGGAGUGCCUGAAGAGGGGCAAGGCGCUCAGCAAGUGGGAGAAGCGGAGCUGCCGGCGGCUGUGUGGGGACUGCGGGCUGGCGGUGGAGGAGAGGCGAGCCGAGAUGGUGUCCAGCUGCAACUGCAAGUUCCACUGGUGCUGCGCUGUGCGCUGCGAGCAGUGCCGCAAGCGCGUCACCAAGUACUUCUGUGUCCGCAAGGAGAAGCGGGAGCGGAGCGGAGGUGGCGGGGCCAGCCGCAAGCUCAAGAGAAAGCUCUGACUUGCUUCUGCUCCUCCACAGUUCUGUCUGCCCCUCUCCUCUCCUGCCCUUCCCAUCAGCUCCUGGCACUAUUUCUGUUUGGCAUA